CUGGGUGAUGCUUUGGCCGGGGACAGAACAGGAAUGGAGUCUUAGAACUUAAGUUUCAAUGUUCUGACUUGGUCUAAGAUGAAGGUAUGGAAGUUUGCAGCCAUUGCCUCGAUGCUCCUCAGUUCCAUGUUGUCCAUUUUAGUUUGUAGAGACAUGCUCAACAGAAGCCGGAAAUACAGCCCCUUCCCUUCCUCGCCGUCAAGGUCAGCCUCCUCUUCUGCCUUGCCUGUAGGUCAGCGGAGAUCCCCGCGAGCCCUGGAGCGCCGUGACCCGCUGAUCUCUCAAUACAGUACCUUGUUUGAAAGCUACACGGAGGGUGAAAUCCGACAGCUGAUCUCCACGCUGGUCGAGAGGUACAGCCAGUCCAUGAACUCCGGGGGGCAUGAGCUGCCGCUCUUCCCCAAGCCCGGGAACCGCAUGAAGCGAGCCCGGGCCCGUCACAAACCCUGUGCCCUGAAGGAGCUGGAGGUGAGCGUCAGCGAGCUGGGCCUAGGCUAUGAGUCAGACGAGACCGUGCUGUUCCGCUACUGCAGUGGCACGUGCGAGACAGCCGUCAGGAACUACGACCUCUCCCUGAAGAACAUGAGGCUCAAGAAGAAGAUCAAAAAGGAGAAGGUGAGAGCCCGGCCUUGCUGCAGGCCUCUCGCGUACGACGACGACGUCUCCUUCCUGGACACUUACAACCGCUACUACACCGUCAACGAGCUGUCGGCCAAGGAAUGUGGCUGCGUGUGAAGUGGGGAAAGGGAACCUGGGAAGGUUGAUGUCUGGAAGGCAGCGCCCAAAAGCCAAGAGUGCGAGGGCCUAAAGGGAUAUUGCUGCGUUCUGAGAGUGAAGGGAACUAAGAGGGGACCCAGGCUCCGAGAGAGUCAAGAAGGCAACUGUUUCCAAGUCUACCUCAGUUCUGUGGUUGGACUCUAGGGGCAACAGGGAAACUCUUGAUGCCGGGUUGUGUUUUGAGAAAGAUCGAGGGGCCUUUCGACACUUUGACAGGUGCCUCCGUGCUCCCGCCGCCAGCCCGGUGCCCCUGAGCGUUGGGAUGCUCUAAGAAGGAGGAGCUGGGGAAUGGAGAGGUAGGAGGAAACACCUGCUGAUUUCCUCAGGGAUGCUGGCAUCAGUCACACCAGCAGCCUGGCAUCCGCAUGUGCUUUUAUUUUAUUGCUCUCAUGAAGGGGUUUAGCAGGAAAGCUUUGCUGGCCAAGUAUUUCGAGUCCAAAAGGUGCCAGUCGUCCUUGUCUUUGGAUGCAAUUGGACGGCCAGCUCCGGAACUGCGAUCCAGUCAGAAAGGCAGAGUCAGAUUGGCAUUCCUAGUCCUACAAAAACUGAAGCCUCUUUUCAGAGGCUCCCCUCCGAGACGGAUUGCGGCCUAAAGAGAAUUGCGCCAGGGCAUGGAGUUCACAUGGAUGGAACCUUUUUGGGUGCAGAUAAAUGACUGAACAGUUAAGAAAUAUUCUUUUAUAUCCUAAGAUCAUAUCUUACCCUUAUUUUAUUGUAGACAUGCAGUAUAUUCAUGCUCUGUAAAUAUACAGGAAUAUAUAUAGAGAGAGAGAGAUAAAUAUUGGUGGCAAUUGCAGAAUACUAUCAUUCCUUCACAGCCAUUAUGCCAUCGUUCUAGUGAGGUCAAUGGACAACUAUUGGAUGCUUCCCUGGGCCAGGAUAGUGAUCUUAACAAACUGUCUAGUUGGUGGUUUUAACCAGAGAGGGGGAGGAAGAGGAUUGGCGUGGGGACAUGGGGCUGAUGAGAAUUUCAAAGCUGCCUUAAUUUUUUAAGGGGAACUGGGUGUUCUGAUCUCCUAGGCAGCCUUGAAAAUCUCAACUUUACGCAUCCAUCAUAUUGACAUUCAGGAUGCGGCAUUGAGGUAGUCAGGAAAUGUGAUGGUUGAGAAAGAAGCCAUAAUUUCCCAUGUUUCUACUGCUUUGAGCACCUCCUUUGCUUUCCAUCUGGCAGGCCUUCUAGCUUGCUGAAAUAAACCACCAUGCCCCUCCUGGGACUAGCUUUUCAGGGACACGGCAAUAGAGUUACUGGUGCCCGUGCUCCAGCUCUACACUACAAACUUGCAGCUAUAGCGCUUCUGGUGAAGAUGCUCUAAGCGGACGACAGAGAGCUUUCCCGCUGGCUUAAUAAUUCCACCUGCACGAGAGGCGGCAGCGAUCUCUGUCUACACAGGGGGUUAUCAGUAUAACCACGUUGCUUGGGACUGUGGAUUUUUCACAUCCCUGAAUGGUGACGUUAUACUGAAGUAAGCGUGUAGUGUAGACCUGGCCUAAGACUUGGGUUUGCAAAGGAGUCUCAGGGCAUGGCUACACUUGCAGUUGUAGAGGGCUGGGAGUGAAACCCGCCUUCGGAGACUGCAGCAGGGAAAACGCUGCUGAGUGUUUACACUCUCAGGUGGAAGCACACUGGCAUGGCCACAUUAGCAACUCUUGCAAUGCCACAGAGAGCAGUGCAUUGUGGUAGCUAUCCCAACAUGCAAGUGGCUGCAACGUGCUUUUCAAAUGGGGGGUGGAGUGUGACAGGAAGUGUUUUGUGUGUAUGUGGGGGGAGACAGUGGGUUUUUGGGGUGCUGAGAGCAUGUCAGCAUGCUGUCUUGUAAGUUCAGACAGCAGCAGACCUCCCAUCCCCCACCUCUCUCUCACUUGCUCAAAGCAAGCAGCAUUCCUCAGUAAUGGUGCCUUUGUCCCAGAGCAGAUAAGCAGCCAGCUGUCAGAAACAGAGCUUUGAAAGGGCAUAUCUGCAUUCCUACAGCGAGUUCAAAACAAUGACAAGAGUGGCCACUUCACUUAAGGGGAUUAUGGGACGGUCAAUCAGAGCGCAGUAAUUCAACACCUUGUUCACGCUGGCGCCACGGCACUCCAGUGGGGGAGCAGCAAACGUUAUUCCACGCACCGAGGUAGAGUACCAGCAGCUCUGUAGCCAUGGAGUCAGAGCGCUCUACGUGCCUUGCCAGUGUGGAUGGGUAGUGAGCUAGUGCUCCCAGGGCUCAUUUAUUGCCAAGCCCUUUGGACUUGUCUACACUUUAAGGUCAUAUCGCUUUAACUAUACCAGUGUAAUUAAAAUGGUCCAACUUCCCUAGUGUAGACACGCUUAUACUGGUAUAAAGGUGCUUAUAUUAGUUUAGGGAAAGAGAAUAAACUGUAAUGCAGCUUUUAUACUAGCAUAACUGUGUCCACACUAGGAGCUGUACUGGUGUAACUAUACUGGUCAAAUAUCACACUCCUAACCCAAAUAAUUAUACCAGUACAAAAUCUGUGUAUAGGUCACGCCUAGGGGAGUUAGUCACCCAAAUUCCAUGGAGUUUCGUGCAAUGGGGAUGAUUAGCCAGUAAGGCUGAGAGUGUUAACGCUGCCUUGGGGCUUCCCGUUCAUUUUGAAUGGGAUUUGGGCAUCGAACGCCAAAUACCAGCCUCGGACUCCACUUUCUCAGAGACCGGGGUGGCUGUUGAGCCCAGCCUUCCACUUGGCUCUGCAAAAAAUGAAGGCAGGAGGGCACUGCUCCAGCCUGGGCCGUCCUUUGAAAGCAAAAGGAGUUCCCUGGCAUUCAAACACAACUUUACCUCAAAUGGGGCUUUUUAAUGGACAGACGUUUGGUGUUUUCCCUCCUUUAGGGCCUGAUUCAAUUCCCACUGAGAUCAGCAGAAAGCCCCCCCAUCUCACAAGAACUGGUGUAGGCCUUCACAUCAAUUCUAAUCAGCUCUUGUUUGCCCACUCAUUGGAACGAGCUCUUUCCCACCUUCCUUCUCAUCCACUUUUUGUCUUAAGGCUCAUGUCAACCUACAGUAACUGGAUCAAGUCUCCAUUUCCUCCACCGUCGCUGGUAUCAGGUGACAGCUCACCCGACCAAGUUGUCCUCAGUGCACCUGGUAAAAUGGUUUAGAAACACUCUGGAGUAGGAGAGAUGGGUGUUUCCAUAGGACGGCAUUUUAGUCUGAUGGCUAGGGACGCAUUGGGUUGUGAUACAACGGAAAACCAGCGCUAUCAAAUUAGGAUACAUAUCAGCAAUAACAUCCUAGCUGGAGCUAGGUCAAUGGCAGAUCAGAAAGGCUGGAUCCCAAUCCAGAAGCAUUGAAAUCAUCAGGUCCAUCGGGAGCUGCAUCUAGGGUUGCCAGCUUCAUAAUAUUUAAAAACCGGACCCUCCAGCAGGAGUGUCAGUACCUCCCCUGCCCCGUCCGCUGUUACCCAACACAGGUAGGAGGUGGCCCUGGCUGAGUAGGGGCUAGAGCAGGUGAUGACUCGGUGUGUCCCCACCUCCCGCACCCACAGUAACCGGACUUUGGGUGUCUGGUCAGUAGAUCUGACCGAGCACUGUCAUGUCCCCUUUUCGACUGGACUUUCCAGUCGAAAACCAGGCACCUGGCCGCCCUAGAGCUUGCACCUCGGCAGAUAAGAUGGGGCUGAAAUCCACUGGAGUCUUAAGAACUCAAUUUACGGUGGCCUUUGAAUGCAACAAGUGAUUCCCAUUCACUUCAGUAGGGUAGAGUAGCUUGUAUCAUGGGUGAGAGAAGAACCAGGCCCUUUCUGUCUAUGGUUAGCGUUUACAGCCUUGUCAGUGUUGUUUACUAUGUGCAGAAAUAAAUGAGACUACAGACUUUUGCAGACUCUGAACAGGCUAUAUUUGUCGUGUGGAGUAGCUGGUUUUCUCCUCUUGGCUCCUUUCCCAACUAAUGCAAAUGAUAAACAGAAGGAGAAUAUUGGUGUCAUGUACUGGGCAUUCACUAAGACAAUGGAAAGCUAACAGGCCUGGAAUUCUUUGAUUGUUAUUGACUUCCCUCUCUUUUGCCCAACUGUGGGCCAGACUCUGAUCCCAGAUACAACCGAUAUAAAUUGGAAGACACUCCACAUUGGAGUAGCGGAGAUGAGAAUCUGGCCCGCUUGUUUCUUUUUCACAGUAGUCAGGUAAAAUGUGUUUCUUCCUUCCUGUUUGCAUAGCUAAUUAGCAGCUACGGCUGGGAUUUGCAAAGGAGCCAAAGGGAGUUAGGCACCCAAUUCCCAACAAAUGUCAAGGGGGAAUUGGGAGCCUGACUUUGAAAAUCCCAGCCCAUAAUGUGAAUGGGAACCAAAAUACUUCUUGUGUGUCUCUCCUGCAAGACAUGAAAAAUGUAACGUGGAGAGUAAAUAGCAUAGAUUUCUGACCCCUGCUAAAGGUCAGGCUUUUUUGCAUUGGAUCCAAAAGCUGCUCUUAGCUGAACGGAGCCAAGAUGUAUCAAAGCACUAUAAACAUCAUCAUUCAGCAAGCUUUGACUCACUUGCACCCUGCUCCCAUAUAAAAAGGCUGCUGGGCUCUGAAAUCCUAAUCUUUACCCUCACCUUUGAAAGAGGAGCCCAGAUGUAGAAACUGGCAGGAGGAGAGGAGAAUAAAGUCCAUCUGUUGGAUUUGUAGACACAUGUAAAACCGCCGGUCAGUUUGCAAAAGGCAACUGUUUGCCACAAUGCUUUGCUUCUACCGGGUUCACACAUACCCAGCUUUACAGCCCACGUCUAAAGCCCUAAUGGGGAUGCGAACACGGUGCACUGUAAAAUCUCUUCAGCAGCAGGCUCGGCUAACCCAAGCUCCCGCUAGUUCAGAACUGACAAAAGCCAAUGUGCAUAUUUUCUAAAAAAAAUACAGUGAAUGUAGCAGAAGACGUUCCACCUCCUAAUGCAGGCUGUGCACGAGAAUUCAGCCUGAGGCUGUGUGGUGGAAAUCCCCUCUUUGGGCUUAAUUCUACGGUCACUUACACCAUUUUUUACUCCCCCACAAGUCUGUUGUUUAGUGGGCUUGCUGCUGAUUUGCACUGUGAUCCAUGAGAGGCAAAUUGGUCCCUUUAAUCCAUUCCACCUGUGUCUCGGGCCUUUGCUUUUCAUUUUAUUUGAUGUGCCAAAUUCUAUGAUGACUUAUGCCAGCCCCCCAAGCCCUGAUGCAACUCCAAGGAGCUAAGAUUCUCCACUCACAGGAGCAACUGUGUUAAAGUCAGAGGAGUUGCAUCAGUGUGAAAUUGGUGUUAGUGACUGGAGAAUCCAGUUUACUGGCUUCCUGGAGAUUGCCCAAGGUAUAUAUCGGAUCAGAAUGUCACCCAGGUGACAGAAAAAUCAAAGAUGUGAUUUUUAUGACCGUUCUCUGUAGACAAGUGUGAUGAAGAUUAGCAUUUUGCCAGAAUCAGCGUAGGGUGAUAUUUACACCUGGGGGAAACCUGAGAUGCUAGCAUCGGUCAAGAGAUUCCAUGUGUACAUAAACUGAAUGUCACUUUUGGAGACAAGAAACCAGAUGGGGUGGACCACUGAAGCGUAGCACUUUGAUAAUCCCUGUGGUCCGUGGCAGAGCCCUAGGGAAGAUCAGUGCUAAUUUCUUCCUGGUUUUCAUUUCCUUUAGGCAUGCAGAAAAAUAAGCCAUUAUGAUGGACGAAUUGAUGCAAUGUGAGAGGUGGCCGUAGUGUUUGGGUGUGGUCGUUCAGGACCCAAAUAGCUCUUUGUUUUCCUUUGCUCUUAUCCCCCUGCUGUUACAUCUGCUAGUCCUGGCUAUUGAUAGGAACAAGGGUUUGGUUGGGGAAUGUCUCUUCUUCAUGCACCACCCUGCAUUUGCUUGUGAACAAUGGGGGUUUUCCCAUGGAUUCAGUGGGUGCUCGAUCAGGUCUGCAAAGUGCUAUUAAAGAGUUAAGUAUUGUGAAAGGUAAAUGCUUGCAGUAAUGAUUGCAGGUGCAAAAAAUCUGGAUCGAUUCAUUGGGGGGGGGCCUAAAGUUGACAAAUAUUCAAUGGAUUUAUUUCCCGCAAACAGUCUGACCAGCACUGCCUACACAAUUACUAUUUAAAUUAUUGUUUGCAAGCAUGGCUUGUGUCACAGCCCCAGUUCUGAAUGAAAAAAUCACCUCAUAUGGCCUCAGGCCAUGGGCCUGGCUGGCAGAUGCAAUAGCAUUAAACUUGGGAGCUGGGAUCACGGCAUGUUCUAUGUUCAAGAGAUAACAGACGCGCUCUUCUGACUUCUAAAAAAACGGAAGAUGAGUAAAUGGGCUCUUGAGCAUUUGGUUCCCAUCCAACUCAACUCUAAAAGCGAACCUUUUGUUUGCAGUCUCCGCUUUAAAAAGAAAAGAUGAUCUAUGCCUGGGGCCAGAAUGCCGCAGACAGGGAACAGCGGUUCUGUGGCUUGGUAUACUGGGGUAGGUCUUCAUUGCAGAAUUCUCUCGGGUGGGAAACGGUUUUCCCAUCCCACCAAAAUUUUUGACAUUUUGAAAUGUUCCCUGUUCCACAGUGUGAUGAAAUUGAGACCUUUUGGAAUUUGUCUUGGAAAACAAGAGAGAGAAACACCCAGAAUAGCCAAUAGCCCACUCAUGGAAUAUGGUGAAAGCCACUGUCCUGGGUCUCCCCCAACCACCCCAGGACUAUGCCCUGAUCACUGGACACUUGGCUACUCUGGGGGAUAGCGGGAGUAGGUGUAUCUUUUAUUUUCUUGUGAGAAACCUUCCCGAAACUAACCCUUUCCUGGGAAAACUUUUGGUUUCAAUGAAUCAGCAUCUUCUGACCAAAAAAACCCACUUUUUUUUUUAAUUCCCAAAUAGCUCCACUUGAAUUAUCUACAUGCUAGUUGGCUCCUUUCGUGUGAGCCCAAGUUUGAGUGAAAGCGGCCACACCACAAGGUAACACUGAAGCGGCCAUGUCCCCACUGGUGCUGCACUCACACGUGUGUGGCACAAAGACUUCUGUGGAUAUUUAUCCCAUAAAUGCCUUGAGCCUGCACUAAGCAGAGCUGCUCUGACACUGAUUUCCUAGUGAAUUCUGGGAGAGCUUCCUGUAUAGCCGCACAUGGGGAAUUGUGGGAAGGCUCUGGAGGAGCAGAGGUGUAGGAGUGGCAGUACCCUGCGUCCACACUACGAAGGGCUCUGUUAGCAACUGAUGAGUUGUGCUCACUUGAGAUGUAACUUAUAACCCCGGACAGGCCAGCUGACUGCAGCUAAAUGCACCGCCAUACUCCAGUGAAGGCUGUCUGUGUGUGACUGGGACUUGAGUUAGGGGCAACACUCAACUUAUCUUUGCAGGGAAGACAAACUCUUAUGGUCUGACCCAGUAAAAAUUAUUCACAUCGGGCUCCCAUUUAAGUCAGUGGGAAUUGGUGGGAAGAGUUUGGUUUACACCGAUGUCAAUGGGGUCACACCUGUUUUAAGUGGUGUCAAAAUCAGGCCCAAAGGCCAAGAUUUUCAGAAUGUCUAGUAAUUCUGGGUUCCUCACCUGAGUUAUCUUAAACCAGCCUGAUUUUCAGCAAGAGCUGAGCUACCCUCUUCUACCCACCCUGGAAAUCAGGCCCCUUUAAGGUGUCUCCAGCUGGGCACUGAGGAUUGCUAGUCACAAGAGAAAAUCUUGGCCUUUCGAGCUGGAUUCUGAAAUCAUUUAUGCUGGUAUAAAACAGGGUUACCGGUUUUGGUUGGACGUGUUCCUGGAGGUUUCAUCACAUGACAGCAUCUUUAAUUAAAGCGUCCUCCUUCGUUCCUGGAGACUUCCAGACAGUCCUGGAAAAGGGCUGGCAACCCUUGUGUAAAACAGAAAUGGGUCCACUGAGCCAGCAUUAUAACCUGUGUGAGUCAGAAUCAGGCCCUUUGAGUUUAUUCAUGAAGUACGACUGUUUCCUAUAUAGCAAUCCAGCUCUUCUCCCUCUCAUUCCUGAAACCCACGCUGACAGUAAUGUAGAGGUGUGCUAACUCACGGGUCAGUGAGAGCUACAGGUCCCGCUCUGGGCCUGAUCCACAGAGGAUAUGUCUGUUAGUGCCCUGGCUAGGGAGUUUUAGCACCAGCUGUAGCAGCUCAUGCUUUUAGCCUCUGUAGGUUCCCCGCUUCAGUCCCCAGGGUACCAGCCAAGGUGGCAGCUAUCACAUAAUUCUAGAAGAGGACGCGAUGAAUAGACAUGUGGGAGACUUAGAUUCAUAGAUAUUAAGGUCAGAAGGGACCAUUAUGAUCAUCUAAUCUGACCUCCGGCACAAGGCAGGCCACAGAAUCUCACCCACCCACUCCUGCGAAAAACCUCUCACCUAUGUCUGAGUAUUGAAGUCCUCAAAUUGUGGUUUAAAGACUUCAAGGAGCAGUUGUAGUGAGAGGCAUGGAAACAGGAGCGAGACAGGGAGCAAGAUGGUUCCCGUUGAUUGGACCUUGGCUCUGAUGUUGGAAAGGUGCCACGGAAGGAGGGACUGUGGAGUGACAUCUCCUGAGCCGAUCUCAGUUUUACCCCAGUGGAGGCUGCAUUUUGGGGGGCGGAGUGGGAGUGAAUCCUUGUGUACACUGGACCAAGUCCCAUCCUCAGAUACCUACAUAUCACUUGUAUGUGUCCAAGGGCAGAAUUUGGCCACUGUUUGUACAAGGGUUAGUGUAGCUUUGAGAUCUGGCUGGCUGGCCGGCAUUGAAUCGUUGUGACAGGAGGAGUUGCCAAGGAAAGUUUCAUUAUAUGGAGUGUUGAGGCCAUCCAUUAACUCGGAGCUACAGCUGCCCUGUUUGCCUCGGUUUUCCAGGCGAUAGUUGAAGCCUGCUUUUUCUCAUCUUGAAGCUGAUGAAAACGUUCUGAUCUAUCCGAAUGCCCAAUAAAGUCUUUGAAAGCCUUGCUGACUGCAUUGUCAUUCUGGCUACCAACCUGCUCUAGCCCAAGGCGAUUCCGCCUGGCGUUUGCAGGCAAGGCGUCAGUUAGUAAAACCCCUUUCCAAAAAUCACAGCCCCUUUGUUAGUGAACAACCAAGGAAAUGAUUCAGGAGCACAGCAGAGGGCACUCGAAUGCCUGAUCUCUGCGGUGCCGUACCACAAAUGUGGCCUGCUGAAUUGGUUUGGUUUGAUUUCUUGUUUGAAUGUGAAUGUUAAAGUUUGGGUUUCCGAAUGCAAGCUCCCUCCCUUUGUUUAUCGAUGGAUCCUCUCGCCAAAGGAUUUCAAUGUGUGUGUCUCUGUCCAGUGCUGUAUUUGGGGUCAUCACACAGAGGAACUGUAAGUCCCUCUGUUUGUGUUACAUAAUAAUGUUGCUCAAUCGGUCAGAUUCUGGGUGCUCCUCCAUUGCUUAUUCACUGAAAUCUGUUUUUAAUAGGCUCUCUUUCUAUUAUUUGACAAAUGCUUCUGCUUCUCCUUCUCGGCUGCAGUAAGAGAUUUUAGGCCUUCCAAAGAAUGUCUAAAAUGCAGAAAGGGCAAAAGGAUGGAAAAUUCUCUACGUGAAAGCGACAUCCAAAUCUGUCGCCUGGCUCUUUCUUCACCAUCCCAUGAAUUAUUUAUUGUUAAUAACAAUAAACGGCAUGUAAUAUCUGUUAUGGGGGCGGGGGGGUUCCCUGCAACUUACAUAUCUGUACGCUGAAGAUCGGCCAUUAGCUUUAAAUACUACCCAGCAAUAAAGGGCAGUGAAGAUAUUUCAUAGCGUUUGAAAAAUGACAAGCUUUCCAGGCACGACGCAUUAGGAAAAAAAAAAUUCUGGCAGUUGUGAUCAAGCAUGAGCAUUGGAUUAUUUUAUCCUCUUCUGUCUGAUAAUGAGCUACAGCACAAUUCACUGUGUUUUUACUACAUAUCCAUAGCAUUGGCCAGUGCAAGAAGGACUGUGAAGUUAGGAGACUAGUCCUUCUCUCAUUUAGACCAGUUACAACUCCACACUAGUGACAAGAUGCAGUUUGUGAGGCUGCUGAGGAUCGCCUCCAUAUUUUUCAUGAUCUGAAGUCUGUGGCUGAAAUACUGAGGCUGGAAUUCUUGACUUAGUAAAUUUAUGGCAAAUCCAUCCUGUUCAAGUCAGUGAUUCCACGCUGCUUUUUGCCAGAGUUCUCCAGGCGGCUGAAAUGGAGUCACCUCUCAUUUGCAUUGGUGUAUGUGUGAAGAGCAGCCUUAUUUCAUUGUUUUCAUUUGAGUGAAACCAUUGGCAAAUGGGUCAUUCCUUAUUUAAAUAGUUCCAGAAACUUUUUGUUAAAUCAGUUUGCCUAAUUUAUGAAGACAAAUUAUUUUUAGGGAGGGAAAAAAAAUCUGUUUUCUUAAUAAACAGGGUUACUGAGUACUUUCACUGUUGGUUGAGCAAGGAAUACAGUUAUGGCAUAG